UAAUAAAUAUAUUAAAAUUAUUCAUAUUAUUAGUCUCUUGGCUUUUUUCAUCUUUCGAUUAGACCAAGACAAUCUUCAUUUAAGGGCUGUAAAGGUCAUUUUUUGGUAGAAGAAUGAGCCAAUUUGUGGAUAAAACUUGCAUCAAGACAUUAAUCUAUAUCACCCCAAAACUCAAUUAAAAAAAACUUAUUCGACGUAAAUUUAUUAAUAAAAAGAAAGCUAUGUCGAGUAAUUUUGUUCCACAUUUCGACAGAUCUCACGCUCCCCUUUUGUUACUAUGACAACAGCUCGCGGUGUUCGGGUUCUCCCUUUAGCAACUUCUAAUAGGUCAGAUUCUUCCGUCGUUCGGUCCUAAUCGUUGCUCUGAUUGGUUAACUUUGCUGUCAGUUCCACAUACCGUCUUCUGAUUGGCUCGUUCUUUUUCUUGAGGCCCGCCUCCAUAAACAUGCUCUCACGGCUGCCCACAACUCCCAAACAACAGAGGAGUUUAUCAACGCACGGAGGGUUGUCGCUGUGCUGCCUUCAAAGCCAGAUACAUACUUUUACUGCCUAAUUUGCUUCUCGAGAGCAGUUUUUUAAAGACUUAUAACGUUUUCAUGGAAGUUUAGAGAAAUGUAGGAACUUUUCGGCCGGCGCUGGUGUCACUGGUUCACGAUGGAGGACCCUGGUACCAGGGAGUCGUCUCUGUCAGACGGUGCCUCGGACGACGACAUGCCCCAAAGUUUGCCCGAUGAGAGCAGCAACGGCGGGAGCAUCCGAAAGGGCUGUGACCCCUUUGCUCAGACUCAGCGCAGUAAACUGCAGCAUCGACGAGCGCGCAUCAACCAGCAGAUCAACAAGGAGAUGCGCAUGAGAGCUGGAGCCGAGAACCUCUUUAGAGCAACAACCAACAACAAGGUGAAGGAGACGGUGGCUUUGGAGCUCAGCUUUGUCAACUCCAACCUGCAGCUGCUCAAAGAAGAGCUGGAGGAGCUCAACAGCAACAUGGAGGUGUACCAGACUGACAGUGAGGCUGUUAAAGUUCCCAUGAUUCCUCUGGGCUUAAAAGAAACCAAAGAUGUGGAUUUCACCAUACCCAUACAGGACUUCAUCUGUGAACACUACGGAGAGGACAGCUCACAGUAUGACAGAGAGAUCAAGGAGCUGAUGGAGCUCAGACAGGCCAUGCGCACACCCAGCCGUAAUCAGGCCGGCCUGGAGCUGCUGAUGGAGUAUUACAACCAGCUUUACUAUGUGGACCAGCGCUUCUUCUCCGCUCACAGGAACCUGGGCGUGCACUUCCACUGGUACGACUCUCUGACGGGCGUGCCGUCGUCGCAGCGCGCUCUGGCCUUCGAGAAGGGAAGUGUGUUGUUCAACAUCGGCGCUCUGUACACACAGAUUGGAGCGCGGCAGGACCGCUGUGCCACAGCGGACAUCGACGCCGCCAUCGACGCCUUUCAGAGAGCAGCAGGAGCGUUUAACUACCUAAAGGAAAACUUCUCCAACGCUCCAAGUCUAGACAUGAGCGCUCCGUCUCUCAGCAUGCUGGUCCGGCUCAUGCUGGCUCAGGUCCAGGAGUGUGUCUUUGAACGCAUCGCGCUCGCCUCAUGGAGCGCUCGCUUCAGCUCCCAGCUGCGCCUCGCGCAGGAAGCUGCACGGGUGUCGGACGUUUACCUGCUGGUGCAGCAGACCAUGACCCAGCCUCUCAUGAAGGACUACGUGCCCUUUUCAUGGGCCUCCAUGGUCCAGGUCAAAUCGGAACACUUCCGGGCGCUCUCUCACUACUACGCUGCAGCUGCUCUCUGUGAGCACACACUGUCUUCCAAGGAGGAAGAGGGCGACGAGGAAGCAGAAGAGGCGUUCCUCGGCUUCUACAUUAACGCUCCUGGGGGACAGUCACUCCGGCAGAUUCUGCAGGAUCCAGAAAAAAGGCGAAAGCUUGGUAAAGCUCACCUGCGUCGGGCGCUGAUCAGACACGAGGAGGCCAUGCGUGUGCACGGUCUGUGCAAAAUCCUGAGGAAGAUGGACAUCCUGCAGGAUGUGCUGUCUCUGGCGCACAAGCGCUCUCUGGACAAAUACUCGGCGUUGGAUCGAGAGGACGACUUCGAUGAAACGGCUGAAGCCCCCGAGAUCCAGGCAGCUCAAACUCAGCAGAAACCCGACGUGACGCCACCAAACUUCUCUACAGUUCAAGUAACGGACAUCUUCCAGAGGCUGGGGCCUCUGUCGGUGUUCUGUGCGAGGGCCCGCUGGGGGCCGGUGCGUGUCAUCUGCCUGCAAAGGAGGGAAGGAGGACUGGGACUCACCCUCAGAGGAGACUCCCCCGUCCUGGUGGCAGGAGUGGUUCCUGGAGGCUGUGCAGAGGAGGCGGGGCUUCGGGAAGGAGACUACAUUGUCGCAGUGGACGGCCAGGACUGUAAGUGGGCCAAACAUGCAGAGGUGGUCCACCUGCUGAAGAGCUGCAGCGACAGGGGCGUGGACAUUGGCGUGGUCACGUUACACUCACACGACACGCAGGUGGAAAGGAAGGCCAUCAUGCUGUCCCACUGCAGCAACAAAGAACACAGUAGGCAGCGCCUGAUGGGCGGGACCAAAGGCCAGAGCUCCGCCUCUUUGCUAAACUGGAGCAGGAAGAAGAAAAGGGAAAGCUGCACCGUGACCAAGAAGCUGGGAAGCACUUUCAGUUUGUCGUUCGGAAGCAUCCGAGACGCCGAGUCCAUGUACUGAAACCGGACUGCAGGGGGCGCACUCAGGGAGCCAGAGCACUGCAGUACCAGGUGAUCAGGACCAACGCACCUGGUCGGUCCUGGUUCAGGAGACAAACUCUGACCCAUCAGGUCUGAUCACACGAGUCCUUCCCUUCCAGACGCAGGUCAGACUGACCUGCAACACUUCAUCACAACAGCCUGCAGAGCCACAGAAAGAAUCAUAGUUCUCAUGCUAACAUUUUACCUUCUUUUACUUUCUGAAAACAAACAAACCAUGCUGCCAAAUAUGUUUGUUGCGUUUUUAUAAGUGAGUGAAAUGUAGUCCUACGACAAACUGUACCCCGCCGUCGCCCAUCUGUAGAUAGGAUAGGCUCCAGCAACGCCAUACGUCGAAACAGGAAUAGAAAAUGGAUGGAUUCACGAGUAGAAGAAAAUUAAAACACAUGGUGUUUACCACAAAUGUCCUUAAAUGAACAAACUGAAGGUCAUAUUUUUAUUAUUAUCAUUCUGAGUUUGCAAAGUAUUUUGUAAUAGUUUCAGAAUUGUCCCUUAUCAUUGAUCUCUAGUCAUCUCUCUCCAUGACUGUCAGUUACAUUCUGAGUGUUAGCCAGUGGAGAUGUAGUUAAGACUGGAGAACAACCCCCCCCUAGUGACUCUGUCCUGUAGUUGAGUCACCUGGACCUGAAAUCUUCCUCCUUUGAAGCAUUUCACUGUUGUCCAAGAGGCUUCAUCAGUGGACUGAAGAAACAUCAACAAGUAGUUAAAAAUAACUCAUAAAAUCCUUAGCUCGGAGCGGAAAAACCACUAUGCUGAUCAUGUUUAGAAAAUAAACAACAAUGCUCAGCUGAUGUCUCAAAAACUUUUCCAUCUAUGAAUUUACACUUCUUUUCUUUGAUGAUUCAGAACUAUCAUUUUGGCUUUUGCAUUAGUGUUUGUAAAGUCGACAAAAAUCCUGGAUUUGCAAUUUUCAAAACUUUGAGAACAAAAACGCAAAAUUUUGUUGUUGCUGUUUCUUCUUUGCUAACUUGUGUUGCUAACUCAGCUUAUCUCUGUCAAAAUGAGUUCAAAAUUGGACUUUUCAGAUGAAGCUCCACAGAUGCCGUCAUUUGAAGCCACGAAAAUUCCAAACAUUUGCUGAAGAUGUUUGAAAUCAUUCGACUUUGACCAACAUUUACAGUAGUCGUUACAUGUAGCAGUGAAACACACUUUGUUUUAGAGAAAACUGAACUUGUGUUUUGAAGAUGAAAUUAUUACUUCCAGAAUUCUUGGUCCAUCUCGUAAUGACACUGCCCACUACAGGACCUGCUGUGCAUUAUGGGAAUGUCUGUCCAGCUAAGUGCUAAAAUGAUGUCAGAAGUGGAAUGACUGCUAACAGACAGGAUGGAGCAGAACUCAACUAUAUGGAAGUGACUAUUUGUAUGUAAUUAGGAUGGGGUUAAAAUAUGUCCGUAACACGUAAUACAUGUUUUUGUGUUUGUUCACAACUAAAUUAAUCCAAAUAACAUCAGCCAAAUUAGACAGCAGGGUGGUAGGAGCUACAGUUUGAACGCUCAAGCUGACUCGUCCCUUCACAACACACAACUCUGAACAGACAGAAGAAUAGGAGAGUAAAAAGGGUGGAGUCCACUAACUGAAGUGGAUUCAAUUAUUAGACCUUUAAUCCUUUAAGUAUACAUUCAAUAUUCCCUGGAAGUGACCCACUAACUUGUGGUGCUACUGACAGCAACAGAAGCUUUACUUCCCAUAAUGCACAGCUCCUGCAGUGGGCAGUCAUUACAAUAUUUCUUUCAUUUGAAAAAAGCACUUGAAGUAUUUUUUUUCUCAAAUCUAGAUGUUGAUGUUUUAUUUUUUUUGUUUGUUUUUCUCGUUUCGGAUCAUGAACUACAAAGAUCCUCAGAGUCGGACCACUGUUCUGUUCUUCACUCGUUCAUGCGGAACAAAACAUCGAACGUUGUGUUAUCUUGAUAAAAUGUGGGGUAAUUGCAGCAUUUAUGUUCUGAGUUGAUGUGUUUUUAUGUUGGUACAGGAACCCAGAGAGGACAAAAGACUCCAAACAAUUACUAACUUUCAUCAAAGAAGAAACAUUUUUGUUCUUCGGCUUUUCUGUACUUUGAGUUUAAAUUUACCACAACUGUUCAAAUGAAUAUUGUCUGAAUUUCCUUUUGAGGAUUUGCACUGUUUUGUGAAAAAAUAAAAGAAAAAAAGAACAUAA